CGCAAUGUAUACCUUACGCGAAGACUUUACACGUGAGAGACGGCCAUUUCACGCACGAGGAGGCGUUUACAUAAUAGAUCAGUUAACGACGGAGCAACGAUCGACGCGCGUUAUUGAUCCCUCUUCUCGGUUUCCAUUGACACGUUUAUGGGGGCAACGAGGGGUCCCCACGGAGAUGUCGCGUUAAUGUCGGGCGCGUUUCGCACAAAACUGCAAACGUCGCUGAUCGAUACUUGUUCCCCCUCCCCCCUUGAACUGCACGAUAGACGCUGCACCUCUUUAGGGAGAGAAUCCCUCCUCCGUUGAAGACCCCUAAUUGACGUCGACGGAAAAUUGAGCACGGAAACGCCCGUUUUCGACACGGAAACGGUGCGAAACCCCAUUCUCGUGCCAAAUUUCUCGGUAACGAUUCUGUUUUUGGAGAAUUGUGAUCGUAGCUCUUCCAUAAAUAUUAUAACUGUAUACAAUUAAUUUUGAUAAAUUAAUUAUUUUGAUUAAUGUCUGUUGGAAAUCAUUAAAUGCGAUUUUUAAGUCGAAACUGACAUUCUUGCAAAAGAGCUCUUUUGUCUUUUUUAAAGAAUAAAGUAAAAUUUUAAAGAAUAAGUGUCUGGCGAUAUGAAAAUGUGGUAAUCGUCAUCAGUCUGAAAUUGUCUAUAUGUCUACAGUUCUCUAGCUCUCCAGGGAGAAAUUAGAUUAUCCAGUUGAAAGGGCACUCAUUUCCUGUGCGCAUCCUGGAUCAAUAUUUCAGACGCUUAUUGGUGCAUGUGAUGCACACUGGGUGCAUCGUCUUACGUAUGCCGUCCUUUGACUCGAUCUCGAUAGGCAUAACGCAAUUCCGAGUUGCACAGCAAUUGCAAUAUAAUGCUCAUUGAUUAGCGAGAUAAAAUAUCAGCUAAUCUUACUCUUUCCGGGGAUUUGGGAAUUCCGGCGACGUUGUAUCGUCAUUUUAUUCCUGUAUCGAGAAACUUGUGCGAGAAUCAUCCGCUUAUUUCGCUUUGGAAAUUUUUCGAAUACCCAAUUUAACCGUUGAGAUAUUUACGAUAAUUUACAGAACUGCAGAGCAGUCUCAUUAAUUGAAGAGCGACAUAUAUUUCUUCUUCCAUUAAUCAUAUAAUCCUAUUAUAUGCGAAACUAGUUUAAGCUGACGGAAUUAGGGCGCCGCGUGUGUAUAUGAUGAUAAAAUUGUGACAGGCGCUGGACACUUUCCCAGCUAACUGGAUUAAAGCCUUAUGCAACGGUUCCAUUUAUAAAUUAUUUUUAAAUAUAGCUUCCUGAUUCACCUGAUCUGAAUGCCGUUAAUAUUAUCCGAUCUUUCGCUUUUUGCAAAAAGUAAUUGCACUUUUAAUUUGUAUACUUCAGAUUUUCCAAGGAAAAAAAAAUAAAUUUUACACAGUAGCCAAAGGUCUUUAAAAAAAUUUGCGAACUUUUAUUCAUUUUUUUCCAGUUAACUGGAUUAAAGUCUUAUACAAUGAUUCCAUUUGUAAAUUACGCUUAAUAUAGUUUUCAGUCGCAUAAUCUAAAUGCCGUUAAUAUUAAUCUGAUCUCUCGCUUUUUGCAAAAUAAUUGCACUUUUAAUAUACAUUUCAGAUUUUUCGGGAAAAGAAAUUAAAUUUCAGAAUAAAAAUUUCGCGAACUUUAGGAAACUUCAUUCAUUUUCAGCACCUGAAAAUCUUUAUUUUUAAACAUAACCGAUAAUGCCUGCGUUUGCUUAUACGAGCUAAAUAAAAAGUUUAAUCUGCCGAUUCACGAAGAUAUUUUAAGAUUUUUUAAUCCCCCUGGGGCACUUAACAGAUUAUCGGAGGCAAAGAUGCAGGUAAAAGAAGAAAUGAAAUUGCGGCAAAGUACAAAGCGCAAAGUGAAGAGGUGCAAAGUCGCGUCGCGCGAUUAGGCUCUCAGGGCGGAGCCGACCGUGAAAGUGAACAUUAUCUGCGCCGACUGUACCGGUUGACAAUCGGGGACUCGACGAGUGCACGAAUCUCCUCACACUGUACGGUGACUGGUCGGCAGUCGACGAUCGGCAGUCGCGGCGACCGUAUCGGCAUGUGUAUCGCGAUAUCGUGUCACGUCAAAAUUUCUCGCGCCGUUCUUCGGAGCGAACGCUUCGAAAUUCAGAUCAGCUCUCGGCGAAUCGUCGGUUGAUCGUCUAAAAAUUCCUACGGUGUACAAAUCUCGCGUGCAUGCCAAACACGUUAAAUACGAGACGACGUUUUUUGUUUUGUACCUCCCGGAAAGAAAUCAGCCGCGUUUUUAUCGACGCACUCCACACUCGGCAAACAACGUAAUCGCCUUCGGUGAAAUUGAUAUCUCGGUAAUCUAUUGAGAAUUCUAUAUUACACGACGCUUCGUAACGAAGUAUACAGGGUGUCGUACAGCGAAUAAUAUAUUCGACCGAAGCGGACGACGUGGUAAAUACGUGAUUAAACUUUUCAGCAAAUCUUCAGGUUUGGCCGAUCGAGACGCAGGUAUUAGCCGCGCGACGGUUCAUUCACUGACGAAUUCCGUGUGGUCUCACGGUAAAUUAGAUUGAGAUACGAAUCCGCGGCUCGCGACUACUUCGAGGCGAAUCUCGACCGACGACGAAUCGCGCACCGAUCGUCUAAUUGUAAGCGAGCUCGGCGCUAUCUUAUCGAUAUCUCGACAUCGCGCGAAGAAUAAAACGGGAAGGAGAGAGGAGGUGCGUGUGCCGGCGUGGCUCGUGUCCCUGAAAGUUACGCAACGCGCGACACGAUGAAGUCGAAGACGAGCGAGAGCUUGAUAGCAAGUGAAAGCAAGGCGGGGUUCAAGAGAGACGUUGCCGACCAGCACAAGCAAAAACCAUUGAAAAAAGGUAAAACAUUUUGUCAAUCUUGUAAGAAGAAGUGCAGUGGGGAGGUGCUGCGGGUGCAGGACAAAUACUUUCACAUAGGGUGCUUCAAGUGCGCCCAGUGCAACGCCAGUUUGGCGCAGGGUGGCUUCUUCGCACGCGAGGGUUCCUACUACUGCACCAAGGAUUACCGGGAGCGCUGGGGUACACGAUGCGCCGGUUGCGGGGAGUACGUGGAGGGUGACGUGGUAACAGCCGGCGAGAAGCACGCAUUCCACCCAAAUUGUUUCCAUUGCCAAAGAUGCCGGCAACCGUUGCUGGGACAGGGAACAAAAGUGUCCCUUGUUCAAGGUCAAGCGCUGUGUCACCGAUGCGUCGGUAUCCCGGUACGCGAGGCCUCCACGCCGCUCGGCAAUAGCGCCGGCACCAAAGGCGGCGGACACGCCGAUCCUGGUGCCUGCGCCGGUUGUGGAAACCAAUUGAGGGAAGGUCAGGCAUUGGUCGCCCUCGAUCGUCAAUGGCACGUCUGGUGCUUCAAGUGUCAUAGCUGCGACACCGUGCUUCACGGGGAAUACAUGGGAAAAGAUGGCGUGCCUUACUGCGAGAAGGAUUACCAGAAGCAGUUUGGAGUAAAGUGCGCCUAUUGCAACCGUUACAUCAGCGGCAAGGUCUUGCAGGCCGGUGACAACCAUCACUUCCAUCCGACCUGCGCGCGCUGCACGAAAUGCGGCGACCCGUUCGGCGACGGGGAGGAAAUGUACCUGCAGGGUGCCGCUAUAUGGCACCCACGCUGUGGGCCAGGACCUACCGGACCCAAUGGUAUCGUCAACGGACAUGACACUCACACUCCGCAGCAUCGGGAAUCGGAGCGAAUUUCCAGCAGCGCAUCGGAGAUGCAGUUUUCAUUGCGGUCACGCACGCCAAGCCUGAACGGAUCGCUGUGCAGCCCUUACAGCAGCCUCAGUCGCAAGUAUUAUCCCGCGCGAACUGGAAGCCCCGGCCUGAUCCUGCGAGAAUAUGGACGACCAUCGGAAGAUGUAUCUAGGAUUUAUACUUACUCGUACUUGACUGAAACGCCCAGUCAAGGAUAUCUGAGACGUCCGAUACAGCCGUACGAUAAACCCCCUACUAGCCCGCAUUUUCAUAGACCUAGCUCAUCUCGUUCGAUAAGAAGCAGCGGUGGACGCAGCAGCAGAUCAGGGAUGAGAGCUUUGGUCGACGCGUUGAGCGACACCAGACCGAAAUCGCCGGCAAGCCAGGUGGAUAAUGACGAGCCGAUAGAAUUAGCGCAUUAUCCGGACGCCAUGAAACCACCCCCGGGGGCCCAACCGCCAAUCGAGAGAGACGAUUUCCCCGCUCCGCCGUAUCCUUACACUGAUCCUGAGAGACGUAGACGAUGGUCCGACACUUACAAGGGAGUACCUGCAUCUGAUGACGAGGAUGACGUGGAUAACAAAACAUACAUCAAGGAGGCGGAGCAGAAACUGAAGAAGGAGCAGGACGAAUUGAGUAAGAUUGACACGGGAAUAGCUAAGGUAUUCCUGCAAGAUCGCGAAAAGGAUCGGGAGAAUUUGAGACACAGAGCCGCGAACGUUGAUCCUAGAAAUGCCUCGAGGACACCGUCUGCCGCCAGGGAGCCAACGUAUCGAUUGCGCUACGAGAGUCCCGUCGGUGCAUCGCCUUCGCGAAAUAUCGAUCACGCACGGCCUUGGGAGGACGACGAUGGCUUCAGCUACAGAUCCAGCGGGCCUAGCUACAACGUUGGGAGGUCAUCGGCGCGCUCCCCGGCUCCCAGAAACUAUCCACCCCUUGGUACUCAGCGCGCCUUCACUCUUCCAAACGCCAGUAGGCACUAUCACUCGGGCGACUAUUCGUUCAGCGGGAUGGGCGACAAGACGCACAGCACUGAUUUCUCGUCUGGCAAGUCGGACAUAUCAACAGGCAGCAUCACGGAUGUGGAUCGACGGGCAUUGGUAUGUACCACAGCCCCAUACUACUCCCGGCGAAUUAGCAUGAAUGAUGGUGGAAUCAUACCAUCGUCCACCACGUAUACGGGUGGCCUAGGUUCGGUUGUCGGGGGCCACGGGGGUCAUCACGUAAGGAGAUCGCUGCCGGACAUGGGUGCUGCACCAACCGAACCGCCCAAACUUUAUCCCUACCAUUUACUUGUUAUCACUAACUACAGGCUACCAGCUGACGUGGAUCGCUGCAAUCUCGAGCGACACCUCUCCGACGCAGAAUUCGAAGCUGUUCUACAGUGCUCCCGAGCGGAAUUCUACAGACUGCCGCAGUGGCGUCGCAAUGAAAUCAAAAGACGUGCCCGUCUCUUUUAAGUCACGCCACAUAUUUUGCUUACCUACACACAUCGCAUCGUGUCGCGAUUGCGUUACUGCGGUACGGACCGUACAUUCCUACUGCGUGGGUAGAUGCAUCGCGGGGAAAAAAAUGUGUUCGACAGCCAUUGCGACAACCGUUCUGCCGAUUGAUGCGCUCGCAAAAAAAAAAAAAGUAAAAAAGUCCUCCAGACCGGAGGAGGUGCACGCGAGAUACGCGGACACAUACGCGCACAAACACACAAUGUAUAAUGAUGCGGAAGCACUGCCACUUGUCGUCAAUUUUUUUCUCGCAGCAACGAAACCACAGGCAGCUUUUAUCUAUGACCCGAUCUGUUUUUAGCGACGUAGUCGUUUUCGAGCUCCGUUCACACGGAGCUCCUUGUCGCGACUUGUUUUUUCACUCGUACACGGCGACGAAUACGCAAUGACGGCUGAUAUUAACGUAUAGGGGAGAAGAUAAUCAAAUAGAAGUUGCGAUUUAAACUCUUAAUACAAUAUGCUAUUGUAAAUAAGAAGUUAAUCGAGAAGUCGAGAAAGCGGCGUGGAGAAGCAGCUAGGAGGUUUUCGAAGUACAUAACCGCGUAUUUGCUAAAAAAAAUUGCAUACAUACAUAUUAACUUUGUGGAAGAUUAUGACGCAAGGAAAAAAAACGCUACUAUGUAGGAUUUAUCAUUAUUAUUAAUUUUUAACUACUAUUAAUAUUAUUAAUAUUAUUUUACUAUGUGCAACAUGAAGAGUUAAAAGUAGGUGAGCCCAGCUUGCUGAAUAGUGCGAUUGCAUUGAUUAAUCGGACAAUUUGCGUGUGAUUUGUCACUUUUUAACUUACUCAGCGUCAAGGAUCAUUUUAUAAAGUAGCUUGCGCGCAAAUACGAAUGUCCUUGUGUGAAAAGAUAUCAAUUUGUCUUUAUCCUUUUAAUUAUCCUUGAUGUAUUAAUUAAAGAAACGCUCUGCGGUGCGGAUUGCGAUAGACUUCUAUAAUUACUCGAUCGCUCUACAUUAGAGUAUGAUUAAGAGAAUCAGGACCAAAUUUAUAGCUGUGGCGGAUCUAGCAAUAACAUAGAAAGUAUGUUUCACCGCAUUUUAAUCGUAUUUCGGAUUUAUUGUCAUAUCCAAUUCGUAGCAAUUUUUACAAUAUUUUGAAAGUAGCGUAAGACAAAUUUUGACAUUUUUCAAAUCUUGUAUACAUUUGUAUUCAUCUUUUAGCGAAUGUUACAAUUUUUUAGAAGAUACAGUUUACUUAGUGUAUUUCCAAAAGGAAAAACUUGUGAAAUUUAUAACAUUCGAACUCAAGAAAGAGAUGUAUUUUAUGCGAAACGCAUAAAUCACUUCUAUCGUAUAUCUCAUUACGUUUCAAGAGUUAUUUUAUGCUACUCUCAAAACACAAUCCGAUAAUUUUAUCACUAAGUAAAAAUAUACUUUAAUUUUGUGUUUUACCGCGACGAUCAUCCUCCACCCUUAAAUUAGGUCCUGCACAGAAUUUAAAAAAAAGUUUUGAAAUAAUAGAUAAAGCAGUUAAGCUGAUAUUGGACGUACACGCGUCCAUUGAAUGAAUAUAGAAUCGAUUUAUGCAUAAAGCGAAUAAAGUUAAAUUUUCAUAUA